AUGGGAGAUCAGGAUGCAGGUGAACCCUUUUUGGGGAUAGUGGCUGGUGGUGCCACAGACUACGAAGGGGCUCUGCCCUCAGACACAGUGUCGCUCAGCGAUUCUGAUUCCGAUGAUUUGGGGUUAGCAGAUGAAGCGGAAGUUGAUACAAUAUCUCCUGAGGAGCCAUCUGUAGAUGAUGGGGAUUACAGGUCAGGGGAGACCCUCGACUCUUCAAACAGCAGUCGCAGAUCUCCUGUCCAGCCAUUCCAUCUGAGGGGCAUGAGUUCUACGUUCUCUCUCCGUAGCCAGAGCAUUUUUGAUUGCCUGGAAGAGGCGGCCAAGUUGUCUGUGCCCUCGAUGCCUGAAGAUAAUGUUGUUGAUGGGAGGUUUAAGCGUCCGUUGCCUCCAACCACAGUUUCAGGUAACAUGGUUCCAGAAAGCCUGGGAAAGCAAGCCAAGCCAGCGCAGGCUCCCAAAACCUCUCCUGCAGUGCCUGACUAUGUGGCACACCCAGAGCGCUGGACCAAAUACAGCCUAGAUGGAGUUUCAGAGUCUAGUGACAAGACGAACAGGGCAGUGGCCAUGGAAUUUCUAGAGGGUUUGAAGAAAAGAGGGCAGGAACAAAGCUCGGCUACCCAAGAUAGCUACACCCCGUACUUCAACCAGGACCCUUCUAGCUGUGGAGCGGGGAGGAUUGUCUUCACCAGACCAGCAAAAAGGGGUGCUGAUGGACUGGAAAAGAAAACAUCAGCAGGGGAGGAUGAUAAGAAACACAUGAAAAUAGAUCUGAAGGGAAAAUCUCUUAAGAAGACUGAUGACUUGAGGGAGGAAGAUAAGAUAGAGCUGGGGCACCUAGAUAGUGGAAGUGGAAAGGCAACAGAGGAGGAGGAGUGCAUGAUGGUGGGGGACCUGAAUACAGAAGGUAUUAGUGCAAGGUUUAGUGGCACAGGUGAAGAGCCGUCAGUGGAAACUGUUGGAUUCCAUUGCAGUAAGAAGAAGAAUAGGAAGAAUUUCCGACCUAAAGUAGAUGAUGAAGGGGAGGAGGAAGAGUCCUGAAGGAUGGAGCACAUUGGAGACAUCCAAGGACUUGUAUUGUCUUUGGAUAUGUUU